GAAAUCCCCCCAUCGAUCUUCAGAGUUGGUUGGGUCUGUUGCCGCUGUGUGUUGCUCUUGAUGAAAAGACACUUGAGUUGGAGCGUCUGUGUAGCAGCGGUCAGCGUGACACCUGAGGCGCUCGUCACUUCACACCUUCAUGGCAUCAGACCAACCGUCUUGAAGAUAAAUCCACGUCUGCGCAGCUCGGUCUCUGCGAUUUCAAAUGGCUAGUUGCCUGAAGGACGAGCUGCUCUGUUCUAUCUGCCUCAGCAUCUACCAGGAUCCCGUCAGCUUCGGUUGCGAGCACUACUUCUGCAGGAAGUGCAUCACGGAGCACUGGAGCCGCCAGGAGCCGCACGGAGCACGGGAUUGCCCCGAGUGCAGAAGGACUUUCGCCGAUCCGCUUCUUUCGCCCAGCCUCAAGUUGUCCAAUAUUGUCGAGCGCUAUUCCGCCUUCCCUCUUGAUGCCAUUCUGAAUGCUCAGAGGAGCAAUUACCCCUGCAAGGACCACGAGAAGGUCAAGCUCUUCUGCCUGACUGACAAAAACCUGGUGUGCUUCUUCUGUGACGAGCCCGCGUUGCACGAGCAGCACCAAGUGACCACCAUUGACGAGGCCUACGAGGAGAUCCAGAGGGAGAUGAAGGAGCAGCUGGCCACGCUGCAGGACAGCGAGCGGGGACACACCGAAGCCCUGAAGCUUCUGCAGAGACAGCUCACUGAGACCAAGUCCUCGGCCAAGAGUUUGCGCGCGACCAUCGGGGAUGCUUUCGAGCGUCUCCAUCGUUUCCUGCGAGAGCGUCAAAAGAGCAUGCUGGAGGAGCUGGAGAUGGACACGGCCCGCAAACUGUCAGACAUCGAGCACAAGAUCCAGCGCUACAGUCAGCAGCUGCGCGACGUCAAGGAGGGCAUCCAGAUCCUGCAGGAGCGCCUCAGCGAGACCGGCCGUCACGACUUCUUGGAGGGUGUAGCGGUUACAUCAGAGAGGAUGAAAGGAAAGAUUCACGAGACCAAUCUGACAUAUGAGGACUUCCCUACUUCUAAGUACAUGGGGCCAUUGCAGUACACAAUAUGGAAAUCCCUUUUCCUGGACAUUUCACCAGUGCCAGCUGCAUUGACCCUCGACCCCAUCACAGCCCACCAAAGAUUGAUCCUCUCGGACGACUGCACCAUUGUGGCGUACGGGAACCUCCACCCGCAGCCUCUGCAGGACUCCCCGCGCCGCUUUGAUGUGGAGGUGUCCGUGCUGGGAGCAGAGGGCUUCUCGUCAGGCGUGCAUUACUGGGAGGUGAUGGUAUCGGAGAAGACGCAGUGGAUGAUCGGCGUGGCCAACGAGACGGUCAGCCGCAAAGGCAGCAUCCAGAUCCAGCCCAGCCGCGGCUUUUACUGCAUCGUUAUGCACGAUGGGAAUCAGUACAGCGCCUGCACCGAGCCCUGGACCCGCCUCAACGUCAAGAGCAAGCUGGAGAAGGUGGGGGUUUUCCUGGACUACCCCAAAGGUCUGCUCAUUUUCUAUAACGCAGACGACAUGUCCUGGCUCUACACCUACCGGGAGAAAUUCUCCACCAAGGUCUUCCCUUACUUCAGCCCCGGCCAGAGUCACGCCAAUGGCAAGAAUGUGCAACCACUCCGCGUCAACACCGUCCGUCUUUAAGAAUCACACCUCUACAAUUUCAACAUCCGUACGGAUGAAUCUAGCAUCCACAAAGGUUCCAAACGUAUUUAGAGUGCUUGAAACGUGCGUCUCUUUCAGUUCAGUGUUAGGAAUCAUGCUUAAUGUUGCUGUCGUGAAUUUCCAGUUCCUUUUUUUUAAUUUAAACCUUAAAAUGAUGGCCUGUUCUUUUAAAGCACAGCAAAUAACAGGGGGCUGGAUGCUAACAGAACCUUCCUCCUGCCAGGCUUCACUGAUGAAGCUGAGGGCGUGUCAGAACCGCCCAAACGGGUCACAGAAGAGCUUGUCCUCUAUGGGCUGCAGCCUUGCUUCCUUUGUGGAAUGUGAUUGACAGCAGUCCUUUUUUUAUUAUUAUUAUCAUCAGCUUAUGAUGUACUGUCCAAGUCUGUUUGACUGUUUGGUUAUUUAUCUUUUAUUUAAUAUUACCAUAUAGGCUGUGAAAAGCCUAAAGAUAAAGAGGCUUUUUUUUUUCAAAAGUACCCUUUUGAGAAAAAAAAAACACAAUCCAUUUUUUCUUUUCUUUUUUGUUAAUAAAUUUUCUCUGUGUCAUCUGAAGGUAAAGCCCUUACAUAUUGCAUGCUGUCCGUCAUCGUCUGGUGCUCGCUGAUGAAAUGUUGUGUGAACGUUGAAAGUCGUGCAGAGCGGUGCUGCUAUCGGUGGACUCAUGUUUGGAUGUCAAUCAAUGGUUUAUUCUUUAUUGGGACUAAGAGCCGCCCGCCUUCUACCGGCUGGGUUCCAGUUUAGAUUUAGCGUUUGGAGUAAAAAUAGUCAAACAUGGACUCUAACACGUUUUAUCAACUACAGAAUUAUGCAUAAAAAACAAGUCAAAAACAGGACCAACUGUUAUCUGAAUGUAAUCGAAGGCGCUGAACAAAGUGCUGACAUGCCAGUGAAGUGUGUGCUUCAGUCCUGCAUCAUCUCCGAUGAUUUCUCCAAGGAGUUUUCAGAAGAGUCGGGUGUGUUUGUGUUCAGCCUGCUCCAAGUGCACUUAUCUUUAGUCGCACACUAGUCCUUCAGAACCUGGAGCUUGAAAAGAUUCGGGCAGCACACUCUCUGUCUGCCUGUCCGUGGGUCUGUCUGUGGGUGGAGAUGUCAUCCUUCAUUUUGAAUCCAGUUUUGGAUGUGAUGAGGUCCACUUAGUUUUACAAAAAUGUCCAAAUUGUUGUGAUAAAUGUUCUUUCAUAACUUUCAAUGUAAAAUCCCCAGAUAUAGAGGAAUCUUCCCUGAUCACUGUACAUCUUUACAUUAGUGGGUCUCCUCUGGUUCUGCUAUAAAAUAAAGGAAUUCAGGGCAGCGCACUGGUUUUCAUAGGAAGGAGUUUUAGUAUGUGCAGUAGGAAGCAACUAAGGUCAAAAUUUUGAAUACCUGCAAGUUAUUCAUGAGGUCUGUUUAAACUUGUGAAAAUCUGCAGAGGCCUGUGAGCCACUCUAAAGCUUUCUGAAUGAUGUCACAGAAAAACCGGCUGCUCCGUUCCUAUAAAGGUUCCAGAAAUGUUUUUGGUUUGUUUUGUCUUUUUUUUAUAAACAAAUGUUUUAGCAGAAAAUAGAAGCUUAUAGACAGAUUCCUAUGAUAGUCUCUCAAUGAUCAGUCUGGUCAACGUUCAAAGUAAAAUGACAUCAGUGGCCGCUUCCUGGAGGUUUGAGCAAUAUUGUGUUGUUUUGCGAAGCACACUGUGGUUUGUGUCUGUAGGAUUAUAAGGAGGGAAAUUAAUGUGUGUGUGUUGGUUUAAAAAGAUGAUUAUGACUAUGACACUUUUAAUGACUAUUGAUGAUUGUGUCUUUUGAUGAGUGCUGGGCAAUCCUGUUAAUGUAUGAACAAGAGUUGUUUUUGUAUUAUUUUUUUCUGGUGGUUUAUGGGAAAUGUUUUAAUGUAAAUUAAAUAAGAUGAAAACUCUGU